CCGUGAGCUACGAAUCGUCCAAACCCGCAUCGACCUCGUCGUCGACAAGGAGCGAGGGACAGCGCGACAUCAUCCAUGCACAUUCCUCAGAAGGGGUACGCUUACGCAAGCAAGGAGGCGGCGCUGAGCCAUAGACAAGCGGGCUCCGACAACGCGAGCGAAGGGAGUGACAACAGUGAUGCCGACGACUCGGACGCGCCACAACCUUCGGGACCCCCCGGGAAACAAUUGCGAAUGCCGCCUAUUUCCACCUCUACACAGGACAACGAUGAAGACUCCGACGGAUACGCGUCGGUGAGCAGCGGAAGCAGCAGCAGCAGCAGCAGUAGUAGCGACGGCAGCGACAGCGAAGACGACGACACACCAGUCGCACCAGCUCCCGUAUAUCCCAUCCUUGGCGCCCGCGCGCGCAAGCGGGUGCGCCCACCGACGUCGUAUUCCAAACAUAUGGCCGUGUACGUGCGUCGUUGUCUCCUCACCUUUCGCCAUGCAACGGAGGAUCAGCCGGACGUGGACCUCAAGGACGAAGAUCAUGCGGCGUUCCAAGAAGCUCUUCGCGAACAUCGCGUGGAGCGCGUUGUGGUGGCGGACUCGCCGCCGCCCGAGAAAGCUUCGUCCAACGACACGUCCCCAGACGACGUCGGGUGUGUUCCUCGACCCUUCACCAACACCACCUCUGACAAAGAGAAGAAGCGAGGCAAGAAGUCGUCCAAGGAGUCGUCUGCGGCGUCUCCUUUGUCCAAGAAGGCCAAGAUCGAUUCCAAGGCGAGUGCUCCUCCGGCAUCGACCAUCCCUUCGGAUUCCACUGCCACCACUUCCAUGUCGACGCGCCCGCUGCUUGCCGCGCCUUCGAGCCACCAGGCGAAGCAGACUCCUUCUGACACAGCCGGCAACGGGCCUCCGCAGGCGGCCAUGACGUCUCCGCGAAAAGCAUCAUCGUCGACCGUGACACCGCCAACCACAUCCGCGCUGACGUCGUCAAAACAAUCAAACAGCAAGGGCGCAUCGUCGUCUUCAUCCAGCGGCGGGCCGUCCUCGACAGAAGUCACGGACUCGAUGAGUCCGGCCGACAAGAGCCCCGUGAAGAGGUCUGCUCCGAUGACCAGCUCGAUCGAGUCGAGCAUGGAGUCGUCGGACGGGCGGCCCGCGCCAAAGAAGCCGCGCGUCGCUGACGCCCUGCCGCCCGCAAGAUUUCAAAUCACUGUAAACGCCGAUUACAAAGAGUUGGAUCGCGUCCGGCGAGACAUGAACAAGCUGCAAGAAGAAGGUCGGAAGCUCAAGCACGAAGGCGACCGCAUCGGGCGCGCCGACUUGACAGCGCAUGGCGUGUGCUACCUCCGCGCGUCGUUGAAGUUUAUGCAGCAGGCACUGCAUGCGUCGGACCUGAAAGCCAUGUACAAGGCCCUGAACGACUCGACCAACGCGAACCAUCACUCGAAGGACUCGACGUCGACGCUGGCGCAGACGGCCAAGCUCAUUGAGUCGGCGGCUGGCUUAUUUAACAAGGCCAAAGACAAGCGAAAAGUCGCGCUAAGCUACAAAUUCGCCGCGAUCGUGUUGCUCACGUCGUAUCGUCUCCAGCACAACAUGCUGCACUUGUACUACAAGCAGCUACCGGUGCCGAGUCGGUCCCCGGACGGAAGCGAUCGUGUGUUCAAGCCAAACGAAGAGCCGAUUCGGUCGCUCCUGUUCAAGGAAAUGGGCACGAUGCUGCAAGGGUUUGAGUACUGGAAGCUCUACGAAGCGUGCGCGAUGCCAGACGUCCUCCCGACCGUGCGAGACCCGACGACUGUGGACCUGCCGUCGUUGUGGCAAGCUCUGGAUGCCGAGUUGGAGCCGACGACUGGCAGCACCACCCACUAAUGAGCCCACGUGCCACCAAACCACCAACGGCCCCGCCUGCCUUCUCUGCCGACCCAACCUACCAAAGACGCCUCCGUUUCACUAAUUUAAUACAAACUCCCCCCCUUGGCCGAUGGUAAACACCACCACCGCACGAGCUCGUUCUUGAGCCCCGAGAGCCACCGAGGGCGGCUGCUAAACCGCGG